AUGAGUGUUAUUUUCGACUCCAGCUACCAAGCCGUCCUGGUCUACGGCCUUGGACUCCUUUGCGGCUUUGCUGUUCAUCAGGGAAUCUUCAUUCAUGGAGAAUGGCAUGUACAGGCACCCCAGAUUGCUCUCGGUCACUUGUGGCUUUUCUCUUGUUUCGCGGCUCUUAGCCGUUACUACAAGGGCUCAGCUGUUGGUGAUCUAUGCCACUCACUCUUGAUACUAUUCGUCGGUUAUCUGCCUGGACUUUUCACAAGUAUUACGCUUUACAGAUUCUACUUCCACCGUUUGACAACUGCUGGCUUCAAAGGCCCUUGGUACGCCCGCAUCACCAAGCUGUGGCACGUCUGGGCCUGCAGGAACUGCAAGAAUCAUCUGCUCUUGGAGAAUCUACAUGAACAGUAUGGAGAUUUUGUGAGGACAGGACCCAGCGAGAUCACUGUUUUCCACCCCGGAGUCUUCAUGGCCGUGGAUGGUCCCCGGUCUGAAUGCAUCAAAUCUGAGUGGUACGACAUUCUGCACCCCGAUCGUGCGCUUGUCACAACACGCACCAAACCCAUUCAUGCCGCCCGACGCCGUGAAUGGAACCGUGGGUUCUCGGCACAAGCCCUUGUCCAACACGAGUCAAAGAUUCUCAAGUAUAUUGAGCAGCUGGACGCUUGCAUCGAGGCAGAUGCCAAAGCGCACGUUGCUUCCGAAGUGCGAAACCUCUUCUUCUGGUUUGGGUUCGAUGUCAUGGGAGACUUUGUCUUCAGCAAGUCGUUUGACAUGCUGCACCAGCAGCAGUGGCAUCACAUCAUUGUGCGGCUGCAGCGUGCCCUCUCGCUUCUGGGACCGUUCAGCCCUGCUCCAUGGCUCAUCCAGGUCGGCUUCAAGCUGGGACCGCGUAUCAGCGUUCUCAAGGACUGGUUCGACAUGGUCGCUUGGUGCGAGCGGCAAAUGCGUGCCAGACUUGAUGAUGGAACUCCUAAGCCAGCUGUUCCUGAUCUCGCCUACUACUUGAUGGAGCUUAACGACGGCCAGACCGAGCUCAAUGAUCGGUUGCCAUGGCUCUUCGGUGACAGCUUGCUCGCAAUUGUUGCUGGAAGGCAAGUUUCAUCCUCCGAGCCGACAGCCGCUGCCUUGAUAGGUAUCUUCUGCGAGCUGGCUAAGCAUCCCGAGCACGCCGACAAGGUCUAUGAAGAGUUGGAAGACGUCGACGCGACCAAUCUCAAGACCCUCACAAGCCUCCCGCACCUCAAUGCCGUCAUCAACGAGGGCCUCCGCUUAUACCCAGCUCUUCUCACCGGCGGGGCCAGGAAGACCACGGAGAACGGGGCUACGAUCGGUGGGACUUUCAUCCCACCCGCCACGACAAUCAUUGCCCCGCGUCACGUUAUAUCCCGAAGGGAGGACUGCUUUGAGCGGGCCAAUGAGUUCAUUCCUGAGCGAUGGAGUACGCGGCCAGAGAUGAUCCGCAAUGUUGCAGCUUUUGCGCCAUUUGGAACAGGUCAUCACAGCUGUCUUGGUCGUUUCCUGGCCACUGACACUAUGAGGUUCGUUGUUGCGAGACUUGUGAAGAAGUACCAUUUCCGCCUUGCACCGGGAGAGACGGGCAACCGCGUCUUUGACGAGGUUCGGGAUCAGUUUACCUCUAACCCGGGGCCCCUGUCGCUGUGUUUCGAGUUGAGAUGA